UUCGUUGUUUGUUUCACAGCCCCAAACCAAACCCUAACCCUAGUUUUUCUUCUUCAUCAAUUCCAUUUAAAUACCCCCCCACCACCCUUCUUCUUCCUCAUUCGUUCCCUGUUCUCAAUUUUCAAUUUCCAUCCAUUCUUUUCUUCUCAAACAUUUUAUUUCGAUUCAAUCCCCUCUCUUUUCUUUUAGACAGACCCCCUGGAAUUUGAGAACGACCCUGUUUCGGUUUCUUCUUUUACUCUGUGAUCUUUUUUCUCUUCAUCCGCCGCAAUAGAUCGGAGAAUUUUUGAAAGAUUUGUGAAUGGUGGAAGAAAAUUCUAGUAGUAGUAAUUACAUGCGCUCCCUUUUGGAUUCAAGGGCGAGCGCUCGUCUUCCUCUUUCCGCUGCUUCUUCUUUCGCUUUUGGUUCUUGCAAGGAGGGCUGGUACUACCGCUGCCUUGGAGUUGACCCUUGAGAGUUUUUCUUGUUUCUCCUCAACCCCAUUACAAGGAAUUUUUUAUUUUUUGGUCUGAACAACCUUUUGCGAUUUAUCUGUUUUGCAUUUUUUUUUUAUCGCGGCGCUAGCUUCGGUAAAUUUUGUCGAGGCUGUCGUCGAUUGCUGAUUCUCUGUUUGGGAUAUAAUUUGAAGGAAAAAAGAGAGAAGGGAUUGGGAUUUUGGAUUUGAUAUUUUUUAGUUUACGAAGAUGUUGCUGUAUAAGCAGAAGAAGAAUCAGAAUGUUAAGGGCAACAGGCUCUUGAUCAGUAUUAAUGUCCUUGGCAGUGCUGGUCCGAUUCGAUUUAUUGUUAACGAGGAGCAACUUGUUGCUGCUGUUAUUGAUACCGCGCUGAAAUCAUACGCGCGUGAGGGCCGAUUGCCGAUUCUUGGGUCCGAUCUUAGAGAUUUUCAGCUUUACUGCCCAAAUACUGGACCAGAUGCCUUGAGUCCAUGGGACACAAUUGGAUCGCACGGAGCUCGAAACUUCAUGCUGUGCAAGAAGCCACAGCCAGAAAAAGUGCCAGAAGAAGGAAAAACGCCAUCAGGGCCAGCCAUCCCUCGCAAAAGCGCAGGGAGCUGGAAGUCGUGGAUCAACAAGUCUCUGAAUUUGAAGAUCUAUUCCCAUUGAAUCCGCACGGCCACGAUGAUGUGGCGACUACAGCGGGUGAUUGCUAUCAAUUAGGUUGGUCUUAGUUAUUUGGAUGAGUUGUUGUGGACCUUGGCAAUUUGGCUUUUCUUGCUCUUGUUUUAGUCAUUGUCGGACCCAUGUUACAACUUUCAAAAGGUUGGGUGGGUUCCCCUUUCUCUUCUUGAAAUUGAAAUAAACUGUGUGUACUUCUUAGAAUUUGUCCCUUUCAAAUAAAUUACAUCUUAGCUUGGUAAAAGGUUUCUGGAAAGUAGAUUA